AUGAGGAAUGUGGGCCGGCUGGGGAUCCCUUCCGACCAUUAUAGUGACAGUGAAAGUGAGACUGAGGAAAUCACAAUUACACCUCACCUGCUCCCUUAUGAUCCAUCACCAGGUAUAGACAGCCUGUUUGCUCGGCUCGACCAGGCACGAGACGAAUGCUGCGCGAUGUUCCGCUCCAAUGAGGACGAGGAUAGUAGCGCCGCAGUCUCGGGUCUGGGACUCAUUGUGACCCGUAUGAUGGAAUCAGUCCUAAAAGGCCACUCAACAUGCAAGGAAAUGCCUGAUCUAAAUAUCGGCGAGGUAUACGCGACGUAUACGAAUGCUCUGCAACUCGAAGCCCGAAACCACCCAAGCAAGAACCUCCUCCUGGACAUCAACCUCCUUCGCGAAGAACUCGAGACGAUCAUAGCAAAUAUCGUCGAACAGCUCAAGCUCAUCACCGGCCUCCGAGACGAUAGCUCAGGUCAAGCGGCAGAUGAAGGCCUGCUCUUCAUUGAUACCGAGAAUAUAAACUUCGAACUCCUAUUCACCUCUUCCUCGCCUUCUCCUUCUCCUUCCACAUUAAACGGCACCGCCUCGAACAACGAAGAUAUCGCCCAAAUCGACCUCCCGUCCCGAGCCAUCCUCCAAGCGAUCCACGCCGAGCUACAUGAACAAGAAGAAGUUUUCACAGAAUUGAUUAAGCGAGCAAACAUCCUCGAGCGCCAGAUCGUGCAGCGCGUCGAUAUCAUCCAAGAAGACCACGGGAAAGCAAUUCUAGUUUUCACGAUCGUCUCGGUGAUUUUCCUGCCACUGUCGUUCGUCUCGAGCUACCUGGGGAUGAACACCGCGGAUAUCCGUGAUAUGAAGCUGAACCAGGCCCUGUUUUGGCAGGUUGCGCUGCCUGUCACUGUUGUUGUCGUGGCGCUUGUUCUUGUUGAGUGGAAAUCUCUCAUUCAGGAUGCUAAAAAGAGAUCUACCUCAACCAGCCAGUCGGUCAGGACCGCCAAUGGCCAAUUGCAUGCCUCAGUGGUAGCAGACUCUCGGGGAAUUUGCAAUGGCAUACUGAGCACUCUCUACACCAACGUGGCGUAUUUCGACCAAGACUCCGGAUCGAUGACGGAGGACUGGAAGCUCUGGUCGAAACGGAUACUCAAAAGCCAGCCCUCUGACGAGCGAUGGACACCAGGUAGACGCGAAGGUGAUCCCAACGCGUCUGUAUUCGGACGCCUAGCUCGCUACCCCCACGCUGUGCCUCACUCGGAGGGUAUUGAUGAAACCGGCAGCAUGGCGCUGAACAACUUUGAGCUGGGCACUACUACAGGCACGACAGCGUUGCAUGUCUUCUGCGCUGUAAACCUCUUCAACCAGCCUGAUAUCUACCACUUUGGCACCUACAAUUGGGUACUGCUUCGACACGAGCAAGGGGCAGAACAGGAUGUUGCUGAGUAUUGGUUUUAGAAGGCGCCCGGGGUACUCCAGGUGCAAAGUGAACUUCGUCAGCAAUCAGUACGCCGACCAUCCGACUCCGGGGAGGUGGAGUAAGCGUAGUAGAGAGGAGCCUACUAAUAAUGAGCAUGGAGGGUGGGAGAUUGAGAGCGUUGAGAUGGAUCCUGACGAGGAUAUGUGGUGGCCUCUCCCUGAAGAUAUUGAUUGGGACGCGAUGCUAGGCUCAAUCUGGAAGAUAUGAAGCAGGGUUAAGAGGGCAUUUGUGUAGCACGAAAACUUUC